GUGCAGUCCCGAUUACGAUCAGGUGACUGAACAACGGUUUGGGUUGUCCGUAGCGCUCGUGCUCGUCGGCAGCUGAGCGCGUAAGAGCAGCAAGUGAAGCGAAGUGGUCGGUAGUGACAGAUGUGGAGGAGGGCAAGUGAAGGAAAAGUGGAAAGAUUCAGUGUUUGGGCUCCCUGGUCACCUGCAGUCUCUCGUGACCACAACAUUGAUUGGCAGAUGUGAGGAGCACCGGGGCAGCACAGCGAUGGCCUUCGAACCCGAGACCCCGUCCGCCCUGGACUACUCCAGCUGGUCCGCGCGCUUCUCCGUGAUAGGCCUGGGUUUCGGCUUCUACGCUGCCGUGUUCCUCCUCUCGCACCUCCUGUCAGCGGCCUGCUCGCGCACCUACGCCUCCCUGCUGGCCAAGGAGAAGGUGUUCUGGAACCUGGCGGCCACCCGCGCCGUCUUCGGGGUGCAGAGCGCCGUGGCCGGGCUGCGCGCGCUCACGCAGGACUCCCAGGUGUCCGCUGACAAGGUGAGCGGCCAAGAAGACUGGUCGUGGUUCAACAUCCUCACUGCCACGGGCUUCUUCCUGUUCGAGAACGUGGCCCUGCAUGCCUCGAGCGCCGUGUUCCGCUCCUUCGACCUGCCCCUGGCCACGCACCACUUCUUCGCCCUGUCCGGCUUUGCCGGGGCCGUGUUCUGGGACUCCGUGGGUCACUACCUGCCCAUGGUGACCCUGCUCCUGGAGAUGAGCACACCCUUCACCUGCAUCUCCUGGAUGUUCCUAAAGGCUGGCUGGGCUCACACUUUGUUCUGGAAGGCAAACCAGUGGGUGAUGAUCCACAUGUUCCACUGUCGCAUGGUGCUCACCUACUACAUGUGGUGGGUGACCUGGUGUUACUGGGAGGACAUCAACAUCCGUGUGGCACUCCCCCAUCGCCUGCUCUUCUUCACCGGCCUGGCCUUGCUCACCUUCCUCAUCAACCCCAUCUGGACGCACAAGAAGACGAUGCAGCUGCUCAGACCCGUCGACUGGAACUUCGAGAACAAGCCGGUGCCCAAGAACGGACUGGGGGGCGGUAGCAGAAAACCACACUUGCAGUAGGGCGUAUCUGAGGAUGGGUAAAGGUCACACUGGAGAGCUCGGAGGACUGAAAGGACUGAACCUUUCAGAGCGAAGCUACAAUAAUUCCACUUUUCUAGUCUCCACUUAAGUGUAAUGGAGACGGGCUUUUUUUUUUUUUUUUUUUAAAUUAUAGUUUUUGCUAGUGUUGGUAUACUCUCUUUCCAGCGAUGAGAGGGAGAGUCUCACCUGUCACUCCUCAACAGGAAGGUGAACCUGACAUAGGAAGUACCUCAUACAAUAAGCUCAGUUCCUUUUACUUUGCCUGUCAUAUGAAGCAGUUCCAGUGUUGCUUUCACCAGGAGUGGCCGAGUCCGUGUGUUUCUUUUUUGUAGGUAUUUACUUGUGGCAAUUCCAUUGUGUGAAUCUAAUUUAAAUGUUUUACACCAUUUUGCACUGGAAAUGUGAGCUUGUAUUUGACUCUGAAACUGUGUACAUUUGGUGUCAGUUCUGAAUGUCUCAAGGGACCAAAAAUGUUUUGUAAUAUUGGAGUGUACAAGGGCACUGUUUGUCAUCUCCAGCCCUUGUGUUCCCCAUGGUAUUCUGCCUCAGCCCUCAAGUAUUUAAGAUGUUGGGAUUUUUAAUGAAUUUGUUGCAUGUGUUUAAAAAAAUCUCCUGUUUUCACAAGACCUUUGUUAUUUAUGCCAAAGGGUAACUGAUUACUUGGUUUAAUACUCAACGUAAUUCUGAUUUUUAGUUAGCAUCUCUGGCUUAGUGAGUUUAGGAAAUGUAAAUAUUCAGAGUUAGUGAAGCAGGAGAUGCUCCUUUUUAGACUGUGUGUCUUCUCCCCUACAUCUUCAACUGCUUCUUUGGUUAUUUCAGCAGAUAUUGUGUAAAGCUGCGUUCUAGUUUGAAAGCAGGUCAUUAUCUGCCUUUCACUCAUGUUAUGCACUUAAACUUGAAAAUCAAGGGGUGUGGUCUAAAGUACUGAAAUACUGUAUUUCACUCUGCAGGUAAUGAAUCCCCUUUUGAGUCUUGUCAGUAUGUGCUCAUAUACAUUUAUGUGAUCAUCCUGUAUGAGAAAUUUUCCCUUCAAGUAUUAACGUGGAAGUGUGAGAGGGAAAGAUUGCCCCUGUUCAAAUUUUUCUUUUUUUUUUUUGGCACAAGCUGUUUUGCAUGUUCUCUUUGAAGGGUUGUAGUCUUCCACUGUACAAAGGCUCUGUUCCAUCUGAGAUGAUUUCACAUGUUAGUUUAUUGCAGGGGUGAGAUCUGGAGCCAGUACUAGUUUUUAACCUUUAAUAAUCUAGGAGGAGGCUGCACGGAGUUGCAGCAGCAUACAUACAGAAGGGCAGAGACAAGACGCACUUGAAUAAAUAUCAUACUUAAACAAGUGCAAAUUUAAAAAAAAAAAAAAAAAAGUGGUACGUACUGCUUAGCACCCCGUGAACACUUGUCCGUAUUGUUUGACUCUUAAUCUUUUUGAAAGGUUUGCAAGUUGAGUACCAUAUAAAGCUUUCCUGAAGUGAAGGACUGCCCUGUCUUAACAGAAAACUGAGCAAGAAACAGAGGGCAAAAAUUAGCUUGAUUAUUUAAAGGGUGUGAAUGUUACUUAGCAGGUUAUUGAAAGCAUAGAUGAUAAGCUUUAUAGUCUCAGGUGCAAUAAAGGCGUUAUGUUCAUUUUCUUUUGUUGGUGUUUUACCAUAACAAAAAUUGAUGAGGUAUUAAUGUUAUCAAAAGGAGUGCGCUGAUCAUCUUGUGUGAUAAGCUAAAUUACUAAAACUAAAUUCAGGAAUUGAAGACACUAUAUUGUGUCAUUACUGCAGCAGUUUGUAAAAUGUUUUUCAAGUGUUCUGGUCAUUUAUGAAAUUUUUAGAAACUAGAUUUUCUUAACUUUAUAACAGGGGUGGGUUUACUGUGAUGCACAUUUGCAAGAGAGGCUUGAAAGGUGCUUUUUAGAGAAUGAGAAUUGCUGCAGUAUACUUGUGCGCACUGAUGUGUAAAAUGUUUAAAAAGAAAG